AUGCCUGGAUUAGACAGAAAACUGGUAGAGCACAAGCUGCCAACCAAACUGUGCAUCCUUCCAAUCAAACAGGCCAAAAGAAGAAUGUCUAUGGAAACAAAACUAAAAGUCAAGGAAGAAAUAGAAAGAUUGCUCAAGGCAGGAUUCAUCAGACCAGCCAUUUAUGCUGACUGGCUAGCCAAUAUUGUACUAGUUCUGAAGAGAAAAACAGGAGCAGUUAGAAUCUGUAUAGAUUACAGGAAUCUGAAUGAAGCAUCUCCCAAGGACGAAUAUCCUAUGCCAAUGGCAGAUAUGCUAGUCGAUGGAGCUGCUCAUAACCAAAUGCUAUCUUUUAUGGAUGGCAAUGCAGGAUAUAAUCAAAUUAUGGUAGCAGAAGAAGAUAUCCACAAAACAGCCUUCAUGUGCCCAGGACAUAUAGCCUUAUACUUCACUGCUGUAAAACUCAGACACUACAUGCUGCCCUUCACCAUCUACAUCAUUGCCAAGACAUACCUAAUCAAGUACAUGCUAACAAGGCCAAUGUUGAGAGGCAUAAUUGGGAAAUGGACUUUGGCUUUGACAGAAUUUGCUUUCAGAUAUGUCCCUCAGAAAGCUGUCAAAGGACAAGUUGUGGCAGAUUUCUUAGCAGAUCAUCCAGGGGAAGAGAUUGAAAACAUGAAUUCUUUGGAUAUAGCAAAUGCAGAUAUGUUGACUAGAGCUCAUACUUGCCUUACCAAUCCCAUCUAUUCAGUUCACCUUACACCUUGGAAGUUGUACUUUGAUGGAUAA